ACUAAAAAAAAUCAUAUCAUACCCCUACACACAAUCGUUCUCUCAUGACCAUUACAGGUAACGUGCAGCUGUCAAGACCCCAGCCAGAAUAUCAGCAUUAUAAAUGUGACCAUCCCCAUGAUGACUUCUUCCACAUGGACGAUUCCUUCCAUGACGACGACUCCUUCAACUGUGAACACUCCUUCCACUACGACGACUCCUUCAACUGUGAACACUCCUUCCACUACGACGACUCCUUCCACUACGACGACUCUUUCCACGACGACGACUCCUUCCACUACCAUGACUCCUUCCACUGUGAACGCUCUUUCCACUACGACUCCUUCCACUACGAUGACUCCUUCCACUACCAUGACUCCUUCCACUGCGAACACUCCUUCCACUACGACGACUCCUUCCACUACCAUGACUCCUUCCACUGCGAACACUCCUUCCACUGCGAACAAUCCUUCCACUACCAUGACUCCUUCCACUGGAACGCCUGGGGAGAAGCAAAGUACCAGCAAUUCUGAGGAAGUACACCCUGCUGGGAACCGAAUACCGCCUAUUAUCCUUGAUGAGACGCUGGACGUGCCUGCGGUGCCCUAUUGGGUGAACUCGACCCUCUUCUACGAAUGCCCCUUUGGAAGUGUGCUUCAAACAGUGGGCACUUCGCUUGUCUGUCGAAUAG